AUGAGCCCCACAGCCAAGCAACACAAUGCCGGCACAGGGCGCGCAAAGAAGAAAGCUGCGGCCAAACAAGCUCGCAAGGAGAAGCGCGAAGCGGCCAAGCGCGCGAAAUGGAAUGAAGAGCGCAAGGAGCAGCGCCGUAGGCGCCGUCGCAGAGAAAGGCUGGGCGUCGUCCCCGUGAACAGCUCGUACAUCACUAUGCCCUCAGGCCCAGCGCCGCCACCCUUGCCCACUGCUUCUACGUCCGCCGCAUCGCACGUCCCACACCCGCUUCCCUCACGUCCGCACCUCGCACAUCCGCUUCGCUUGCCGGCUUCUACCUCUGUGCCGCUUCCAAGCUUCGAGCGCCCUUUACAAGCACAGUACCCAGGUGGGCUUAGUAUAAGGGAAUGGGUCGAUCCCGCGGGGAUGUUCGUGAGGAGAAAGGUUACGGCAGAGGGUGUCGUGUUGGUGCAGAGGGAGGGUAGGGUUCCCGCGGACUCCCUUUUGGCGGCGGCGAUGUUCAGGGGAGAGUAUGGCGGGGUGCCUGAAUCGGCAAGGUCGCUACAGAGGGGGUUGGCUUCUGGGAUACCGUAUCAGGUUGAUGCGCCGCAAGUACUGUUGGGAGGACUUCCCAUGUCAACUAUAGGUCACGAUGCCGGGAUCGACCAUGGUCUUCCAUACCCUGCCAACUCUGUUUACCCCGUGUCUUCGCAGGUAGACGUUUCCGCAGGUACAUACACCAGACCGUGGAACGACUAUCCGGUUGGAAGGGGCAAUGACGGGUACGAUGAUCAAGACGAGUACGAGAGCGGUUGGGACCAAGAUGAAGAGGAUGACGGGUAUCAGGGCCCGUACGACGAGCAGUUCUACGAGGACAUGGAACGCAACCUGACAUUCGCAGAAUGGCAGUACGGGCCAUAUUGGGAUUCUGAUUGA